CAAAGAUCUGUACAAGGACGUCAUGAUGGAGGAUCACCAGCUGCUUACAUCACCAGAUGACUGUACCAGAAUCUCAGAUGGGCAUGUGACAUCUUCAGAUUUUAAAACAGAGGAUUAUGCUAUUACACAAAAUACAAGUGAAGAACAUGCCAAAAUACCAAAUGUACCCUCAGGUCUUCUCAGCAAAGAUUCAUCAUGUGAUUCUUUUAAAUAUGUCCAAUCUUUUGAUUUAUCACAGAAUGCAAAGGAACAGAAAAGCCACAAAAUGUGUGUUGAACAUCAAACAGAGCAGAAACCGUUUUCAUGUAUGAAAUGUGGAAAAUGUUUUAAACAUAAAUCUGCUGUUCUUAUACAUCAGAGAAUUCACACAGGGAAGAAGCCAUAUUCAUGUCCAGAAUGUGGGAAAUGUUUUACAGAUAAAUCGCAUCUUCUUAGACAUGAGAGUAGUCACACAGGGGAGAAGCCAUAUUCAUGUUCAGAGUGUGGGAAAUAUUUUAGCCAGAAAUCAGAUCUUGUUAGACAUCAAAUAACACACACAGGGAAAAAGCCAUUUUCAUGUUCAGAAUGUGGAAAAUGCUUUACAGAAAAAUCUAAUCUUAUUGUACAUCAGAGAAUUCACACAGGGGAGAAGCUAUUUUCCUGCCCAGAAUGUGAGAAAUGCUUUACUCGUAAAUCAUGUCUUGAAAAGCAUUUAAAAAUUCACACAGGAGAGAAGCCAUAUUCAUGCUCAGAAUGUGGAAAAUGUUUUACAAAAAAAUCAAAUCUUAAUAUACAUCAGAGAAUUCACACAGGGGAGAAUCUAUUUUCCUGCUCAGAAUGUGAGAAAUGCUUUACUCAUAAAUCAUAUCUUAAAAGGCAUUUAAAAAUUCACACAGGAGAGAAGCCAUAUUUAUGUUCGGAAUGUGGGAAAUAUUUUAGAGAUAAGUCGUAUCUUGUUAUACAUAAAAGAAGUCACACAGGAGAGAAACCGUAUUCAUGUACAGAGUGUGGAAAAUAUUUUAUCCAGAAAUCUGAUCUUGUUAGACAUCAAGUAACUCACACGGGAGAGAAGCCUUUUUUGUGUUCAGAAUGUGGGAAAUGUUUUACUCAGAAGUCAACUCUUGUUUGUCAUCGAAGAACUCAUACUAGAGAGAAGAGACUUUCUUGUUCAUAAUGUGGAAAAUGUUUCACAGAUAAAUCAUAUCUUGUUAUACAUCAGAGAAUUCACAAAGGGGAGAAGCCAUUUUCUUGUCCAGAAUAUGGAAAGUGUUUUACAGCUAAAUCAAAUCUUGUUGCACAUCAGAGAAUUCACACAGGGAAGAAGCCAGAUUCAUGCUUGGAAUGUGGGAAAUGUUUUACUGAUAAAUCAAAUCUUGUUAAACAUCAGAGGAGUCAUAAAGGGAAGAAACCUUUUUGAGAUAAUGUAUGUGGAAAGUGCUUUGACCAAAAGCCAGCUCUUAUUGCACAUCAAAGAUAAAAAGUCCAGAAGGAAGGAAAUGUUUCAGCGACAAAUCACAUUUUUAAAACUCAGGAAAGUCAUAAUUUUUUUUUUAGCUUUUUCUAUUGAUGAAUAGUACACAAAAAAAAAAUGAAACCUAAAGUAAAGGUAAAUGUCAUUUAAAACAAAGGGAAGGCAAUUUACAGCACUACAUGAUGAUUAAGGCUACGUUGACAUCACCGGUAACCUGAUCUGUCAGACUGCUGCGGCAGAAACAGAGUUCACCAGAUCUGGCAUUGCCCGAUGCUGUUGUUCACCGCCAGACCCCACAGACUAUAAUGGCAUCUGGUGAGGAUCUGCUUUAGCUUUAGCCAUGAGUGCCAGGUUUCAGGUGGACAAAAACCAUUUCAUGCAACAUUUUUUGCUGGCUGGAUCCCAUUAUAAUCUACUGGGUCUGGAGGUGAGCAUCAGUAUCUAGAAAUGCCGGGUCCUGAGAACUUCAGCAAGCUGUUCUCUGCUGGAUGAGGUUACUGAUGAUGUUAACAAUGUCUGCAAUUAUAACUAAACCUCUGUUAUCAAUAAAACUAAUAGACUCCAGAUAAUGCAGCUGUAGAUCCACCAUGUACAUAGAAUGUUUCACAUUAAGAUCUCAAGACUUGUUACUCGUUAAUAAACAUUUUACUUUUAAACAUAUCCUUGUGGUUUCUCUACCCUUUAGAUUUGAACUUAAUAUUAUAGAACCAAUGGAUUUAAGUGAGAGCUGAUAGAACUUGACUGAGGAGAAUUACACUGUGGAUCCUAGACUUUGUGGAAUUUUACUAGGACAUUUUCUGUUAUAGAAACAGAUGCAUUCAUUUGGGCAUAUUAAUAUUAACCAUAUUAUGCCAUUGAGUCUCCUGUCCAUCUCAUCAUUAGACUUGUCUUGUCUGACAGUCCCGAACCCAGGAUCUCUGCACAUGAGCAUCCCAAUCAAGGGCAGAGAUAUCAGUGGUGGUGGUGAUAACUGGGUAGAGAUUUGGAAGUAUUUCCCUCUGGUAAGCUUGAAUUCUAGUAAGCACCACCUGAGAUCUUGAAUCAAGACCGUCCAUAAGCUUAUCAGAGGGCGAAGGUUAUAAUGAUUGAGGUGUAAAACCCACAGCAUGUCCUGAUGAAACUCUCUGGUAUACACCUUGACCCAAAGGACAGCAUCUAUAGCUGCCAUUAGAGGUCUUCAUAAUCUUGUGUACAGAAGUGAUGGGAUAGACUAUCUGUUGGUGGACUUUGUUUUUGACAGAGAAGAUAUCUCAUGAGGUAUUAAUAAAGUCAUGGAAACUGUGUCGAUUAUGAACCCUAGAAAGAGCUUGUUUAUAGUUGGAUACAUUUUUUCCAAUUUACUACAAAUCUGAGAGACUGUAGUAGCUGUAUCACAAUUAGUGUUGGGGCACGAAUAUUAAUUGCCAAUAUCAGCACUUUGAGAAUUCAGCACUAUU